AUGAGCAGAAACAAAUUUGAACUAAUAUUACGUUUCUGGCAUUUUUCCGAUAACGAAACAAGUGAUAAGUCCGAUCGUUUGUACAAAAUAAGGAAUAUUCUUGAUAAAAUUAAUUUCAAUUUCGAACAUUUACUUACACCGGGAGAAAUCAUUGCAGUAGAUGAGUCUAUGAUCCCUUUCAAAGGGAGAUUAAAAUUCCGACAAUACAUUCCAAGCAAACGACACAAGUACGGAGUUAAACUAUUCAAAAUAUGUGAUGUUAACGGUUUUACAUACAAAAUAAUUAUUUACGAAGGAAAACAGUGUAUUUCUGGUCAAUCGUUAGGUGAAACAAUCGUACUGUCUUUAUGCGAAAAAUAUUUAGAAAAAGGUAGAACAGUUGUCACAGAUAACUUUUAUACAUCUGUUCCACUCGCUAAACAACUUUUAAAGAAAAAAACACAUUUAGUAGGGACACUUAGGAAAAAUCGCCGUUAUUUACCUAAAGAACUUAUCACAAAAAAAAUUAAAAAAGGAGAAAUUUUUGGGAAAGAAGACGAUAACGGUAUUGUAUUGUCAAAAUUUAAAGAUAAAAGAGAUAUAUUUUUAUUAUCUACACGUCAUAAAUUAGAUAUUAUAGACACGGGAAAACAAUCCAGAAAAAAAGAAAGCAUUUUGAAGCCUGAUGUUAUUUUAUUUUACAAUGCAGGAAAAGCUGGUAUUGAUUUUUUUACUUAA